AUGCACAACACAUCAAAUUUGGUGAGAUCUGAUGCAGAUCUAGUAAUAUCUGAUGUAGAUCUGAUGGUUCACCGGAGCAAAACAGUAAAAGAGAUGGAUGUGGUCGUAGAUCUGGUGAAGCGGAGGCAGAGGAUGAAGAAAGCGACGUCGAUCUUCUGGUGGAGGUGCUCCACUUUCUGUAGUGGUGCCGACAAUGGUGCUACUAACGGUGAUUUUCUAUUAAGCCAGCCUACUACGGUUAGUUGUUUAAUUGUGAUGACGAGUAAAACCGUGUUAGAGUUUGACCAUGACGAUAACAUGGCCUCUGAUAUCAAACGUCAUGACUUCCCUAAGGAUUUCUUCUUUGGAGUAGGAUCAUCUGCUUACCAGAUUGAAGGUGGUUGGAGAGCAGACGGCAAAGGGUAUAGUAUUUGGGAUUGCUUCUGUUUUAGACACCCUGAUAAGAUUGAAGGAGGUGCAAAUGCAUGCCAUGCUGAUGAUAAUUAUUCAAGAAUAAAGGAAGAUGUUCAAUUGUUGAAGAAAAUGGGUGUAAAUUCAUACAGAUUCUCUAUUUCAUGGUCAAGAAUAUUACCAGGUGGGAAAGUAAGCAUGGGUAAGAGUAUGGAAGGUAUCAACCAUUAUAACAAGUUAAUUGAUGAGUUAUUAGCUAAUGGCAUUGAACCAUUUGUCACUUUGUUUCAUUGGGAUCUUCCCAAUGCCUUGGAAGAAGAGUACAUGGGAUUUUUAAGUUCUAAAAUUGUGGACGACUUCCUUAAUUAUGCGGAUAUUUGUUUUUGGGAAUUUGGAGACCGAGUAAAGAAUUGGGUAACAAUAAAUGAACCACAUAUAUUCACCACCUCUGGUUAUGUACAAGGUCAAGGGGCACCAGGUCGAGGUGGAGAAAAUGAAGAUGGCGAUCCUCAAACAGAACCAUAUACAGUAGCAUAUAACAUACUAAAUUGUCAUGCAGCUGCUUAUAGAAAGUAUUCUGAAGAUUAUAAGGAUACCCAGAAAGGUAGAGUGGGAAUUACCCUUAACUGUGGUUAUUUUCAACCUUAUCGUGGUGAUAGUUAUCAAAAAGAUGUCCAAGCUGUUAAAUACGCGUAUGAUUUUACGGUUGGAUGGUUCCUUGAGCCAUUAACAAGAGGUACUUGGCCGGAUAACAUGGAAAAAUUUGUUGCGACUCCUACCACUGAUCACCUAAAUGGUCGUCUUUUGCCGAAAUUUUCUACUAAUCAAAAUUGUCACUAUGCGGUUUCAGGACAAGAUCCUAGUGGAAACUAUAUUGGAGAGCCGUCAUACCAGGGUUCGUGGAUUUAUCUUUGUCCUCAACAGCUUACAGAACUCUUAAUUUACAUUAAAAGAACAUACAAUGUUACUAAAGAUAUGAUCAUCACAGAGAAUGGGUCUUCUGAUAAGAAUGAGACUGGAAAAACAUAUGAACAAGUGCGUGAUGAUGAAUAUCGGAUCAAAUACAUUAAAGAACAUCUUAAAGCCAUUAGAUUGGCUCGACAAAAUAAUAUAAACGUGAUGGGAUACUUUAUAUGGUCAUUCAUGGAUAGUUUUGAAUGGGGUUCUGGAUAUAAUAAUAGAUUUGGUAUGAUCUAUGUUGAUUUCAUGAAAGACCUUCAAAGGUACCCAAAAAAUUCAGCAAUUUGGUUUAAGAAGUUCCUUGGUGAAGAGAAAAUGAUUCCACUUAAAAGAAGCAUCACCGAUAGUGAAGAUGGAGAUAACUUUGAUAAGAAUUCAAAGAUGGCAGGAAAACCAAUCGAAGCGAGCCAAAAGAUGAAGAAGGCAAGAACAUGAAAAGGACGAAGCUAAAUCUUAUAUCAUAUUCCAUGGUCAAUUACAUAUGGAAGUUUCAAAUUUGUGGGACUAUUAUUGUGAGUUUAAAUAAACCCAAUAUAUGCCUAAUAAUUGUAAUGUGAUUACUACACAAAUAAA